AAGCUCAUAACUGCUUACGAGUGCAGUACGAGUGAAAGAGGAACAGGCUGAUUAAGACCGUUAAUAUUCACUAGAAGAAAUGUUGAGAAAUAUUACAGUAACAACAAUCCUCAUGUUACUGACAGGAGUUCAGGCUCAGCACAGUGUAACUUUCUCCUCUCAGAGUCUCUGUGUUGUUAUUGGAUCUACAGUAAAAAUCCCCUGUACAUUUACACCUGAUCACUCCAGAGUCACAGAGAGACAGUGGUAUCGAGUCCAGAGCUCUGAAGGAGAACCACAAGACCUGAGAAAAGAUCCAGAAUAUUCAGGACGUGUGUCUGUAAACACCUGGGGGUCUGACUGUAGUCUGACAGUGAGUAAUGUGAGAGUGAGUGACUCUGGAGUUUAUAACUUUAGAUUUAAAACACAGAGCAGUGACUGGAUAUCAGCUUCAUCUGGAGUUCAACUGAAUGUUACAGACUUGCAGGUGAAGGUGGAUCCUAACACUGUAGGACAGAGAGAAGUGAAAGUGACCUGUAGCUCCACCUGCAGACUCGACACACGCCUUUUCUACUGGUACAGGAAUGAACAUAAUAUCAGAUACACAGAUAACGCCUCCAUUGUACUCGACUCCACCAGUCAAUAUGAUGAAGGCAGCUACUCCUGUCAGGUGUAUGGGAGUGAACACCGCUCUCCUCCAGUGUGUGUACUGGGUAAACAGUGUUGGGGUGUGACUUACACUGCUGAACGUGUGUGUGCUCUGAAAAACACAUCAGUUGAUCUUUCCUGCUCUUAUAAAUAUCCUGCAGGUCACAGAGUGAUAAAAUCUGUGUGGUUCAUUAAAGAGCAGGUUAAUGUUGAGCCUGAGGAUGUGAGAGAGGAUGAAGAGUAUCAGGGCCGAGUGCAGUACACACAGAGCUCCCAGAAUGACUGUAGUCUGAGAAUCACUAACCUGAGAGAGAGAGACGCUCAAACAUACAGGAUCAGAUUCUACACUGAUGAUGAUACAGGAAAAUACACCGGAGAACCUGGAGUCUCUCUGUCUGUCACAGAUCUGAAGGUUACAGUAUCAGACUUGGACAAGAAUAAGAAGCUGAGCUGCAUCACCACCUGCACUCUGUCUAACAAACCCACUUACAUCUGGUACAAGAACGGACAGCGUGUUACUGACCAGGACAGAAAUGAACUGUAUGUCAGCAGUAAGGAUGCAGGCAGCUUCUCCUGUGCUGUAAGAGGACAUGAGGAACUUCGCUCUCCUGCUGUCUGCAAUUUAGAUGAGAAGAGCUGCUGGAGUGUGAUUUACUCCACCCAGACUAUCUGUUCUCUGAUUGGCUCAUCAGUGGAUAUACACAGUUAUUACAUCUUCCCUAAUAAAUACAAGGUCACAGAAGUGAUGUGGUUCAUUAAAGACCUGGAGGAUGUGAGAGAGGAUGAAGAGUAUCAGGGCCGAGUGCAGUACACACAGAGCUCCCAGAAUGACUGUAGUCUGAGAAUCACUAACCUGAGAGAGAGAGACGCUCAAACAUACAGGUUCAGAUUCCACACUGAUGAUCCUACAAGAAAAUACACCGGAGAACCUGGAGUCUCUCUGUCUGUCACAGGUCUGAAGGUUACAGUAUCAGACUCGGGUAGCGGACAAAUCGAUCUGAGCUGCAUCACCACCUGCACUCUGUCUAACAAACCCACUUACAUCUGGUACAAGAACGGACAGCGUGUGUCUGAGUGUAAAUCUGCCUCCUGCUCUGUAGCUGCAGUCGGUGGUGCGGUCAGUUACAGCUGUGCUGUUGAAGGCCAUGACAGUCUCCUCUCUCCUCCAGUGUAUUCCCCUAAAAACACCACAGCAGUGGUUCUUUCCUCUGGAGACACAGUGGAGGGGGAUUCAGUGACUCUGAGCUGUAGCAGUGAUGCAAACCCUCCUGUUCUCACCUACUCCUGGUUUAAACAGAGUUCAGCUGCAGACACACUGCUGAUAACAGGCCAGAAUUACAGCAUCAGUAACAUCAGCUCCCAGCACACAGGACUGUACUACUGCACUGCUCACAACCAGCUGGGACACCACAACUCUACACCAACAUACCUGGAUGUGUUGUAUUCUCCUAAAAACACCACAGCAGUGGUUCUUUCCUCUGGAGACACAGUGGAGGGGGAUUCAGUGACUCUGAGCUGUAGCAGUGAUGCAAACCCUCCUGUUUUCACCUACUCCUGGUUUAAACAGAGUUCAGCUGCAGACACACUGCUGAUAACAGGCCAGAAUUACAGCAUCAGUAACAUCAGCUCCCAGCACAGAGGACUGUACUACUGCACUGCUCGCAACCAGCUGGGACACCACAACUCUACACCAACAUACCUGGAUGUGUUGUAUUCUCCUAAAAACACCACAGCAGUGGUUCUUUCCUCUGGAGACACAGUGGAGGGGGAUUCAGUGACUCUGAGCUGUAGCAGUGAUGCAAACCCUCCUGUUCUCACCUACUCCUGGUUUAAACAGAGUUCAGCUGCAGACACACUGCUGAUAACAGGCCAGAAUUACAGCAUCAGUGAGAUCAGCUCCCAGCACAGAGGACUGUACUACUGCACUGCUCACAACCAGCUGGGACACCACAACUCUACACCAACACACCUGGAUGUGUUCAGGCCUAAGAACAAUGUGUUAACAUUCACCAUGUUGGGACUGUUUGUCUUCUUGGCAUUAACACUCAUCCCAGGAGCUCUGUUGAUAUGGAAGAGGAAGCGGAGCUCAGCUAAUGGCCACAGCAGCACUGGUGAGAGUGGACAGCCUCAGUCUGCAUCAGUGUAUGAAAAUAUCUCAGCCUCAAACCGUAGCAGAAGAGUCUCAGACGAACAGGAUGACGUUCACUACGCCAGUGUUGUUAUUAAAAGCUCCCACACACAGGAAGGGUCUCUGUCCCCGAGACUUCCUGCACACAGCACAGAGGAAGAGGAUGUUCAGUACGCUGAAGUGAACGUUAGCAGGAGAACUGCUACUAUCCAGCUUGUGGCAGAUGAAGAGGAUGAUGAUACGUCUCAGAUCUACAGCAAGGUCCAGAAAAUCCCCAGACAGAGCAAAAGUUGAGAGAGAUGUGAUCAUACUGUUCUGUAUCUAAACUGAUUAAGAGAAGAGGGGCAGCUUUGGCAUUUCAUCAGUAGCAGUAUUGAUGCUAUAAUAGUGUAUUGUAGUGCUUGUAUGCUGUUUUACCUUAAAAAAUUGUGUAUGCGGGUUGAGAAAUAAUUUUUUUUUUGUCUACGCUUUUCCUUAUAUUUGUCCCAUCAUAUUUUAAUGCUAAAAAAUUUGGUGUUUUCUGUUUGUAGUUCUUUAUAUACUCUUUCUUUAACUGUUUUUUGUGAUAAAUAUAAGACUUUUAUUUUGUUAAUUAUUGAGACUUUAUUUAUCAUUUAGAUGACUCUUAAUUUCACCAGUGGAUUUAAAGGCUGUCGUGUCACUAAUGAAGGCACUUAAACACACACAACACUGUGUGUGGGCAUGUAUACUGUCCAGUUAUAUUCCAUAUAGAUUAUUAUUAGGGUCAUUAUUAAGGGUUUGUUUAUGGUUUGAUGACUUAUCCCAGUACACUGCUUUCUCGAUUCUGAUUGGUCAGAAGGUGCUGAUUCUAUAGUUUCUGCUGUAGCUCAUUUUGUUCUAUUUGUUCUAUUGUGUUAUCGUUUCUGUAUUUUAAAAAACUGUCAGAAUAGAAUGAAUAAUUAGAAUCACUAGUGCCCUCUAUUGGUCCAAAGCUUGAAGUGCCACUAGCCAAAUAGUCUAUUUCUUUUAACUUUAUUCAUUUCCAUUUAACUGAGUUUUAGUCCUUCACAUAUGAUGUCUAUGACACAAGGGCUUUUAUUUUCCACUUAUCUCUAUGCACUGUAUCAGUAGAACAAGAACUUAAACCAAGAUAGAGUAAAAACAGAAAAGCUUUUUACUUCACAUUCAUUUGUAAUCCAAUGGCAGCUGAUUAACUCCCUCAAUAAACAUUUAAAUUUAAUGAAA